AUGGAGCCAGGAAACCGAACCAGAGUGAAGGUAUUCAUUCUUGGGGGGCUACCAAACACCAGCGAACUCCCCAUUUUGUUCUUCCUCAUCUUCUUGAUCAUCUACUUAUUGACAGUGCUGGGGAAUCUCCUGAUCUUCUUCGCCAUCUUGUUCGAAGCCCAACUUCAUCAUCUCCCCAUGUAUUUCUUUCUCUGCAACCUCUCCUUCCUCGACACCUGUCUCUCCUCUGUCACGGUCCCCAAAAUCUUAGCUGGUUUCAUAAUGUCCGGGUAUAGAACCAUCUCUUUUACAGGCUGCAUCAUCCAACUCUACACCUUCCACUUCCUGGCAAGCACCGAAUGUUUCCUUUACACCGUGAUGGCGUACGACCGCUUCCUUGCCAUCUGCCGCCCAUUGAACUACGCCACGCUCAUGAACAGGAGAGUCUGCUCUGGGCUUGCAGCUGGCACAUGGCUCACUGGUUCCAUCCAUGCCACCAUCCAUACCAGCCUAACUUUUCGCUUGCCCUACUGUGGCCCCAACCGAGUUGACUAUUUCUUUUGCGACAUACCCCCCAUGCUAAAGCUGGCCUGUGCUGACACCUCCAUGAACCACACCGUCAUAUUAGCCAACAUUGGAAUUGUAGCCGCCGGCUGUUUUAUGCUCAUAUGUGUCUCCUAUGUGUACAUUGUGGCCGCCAUUUUGAAAAUCCAAACGACGCAGGGAAGACAUCGGGCCUUCUCCACAUGCAGCGCUCACCUCACUGUGGUGAUGCUAUAUUAUGGCCCACCGAUCUUUAUAUAUAUGUUCCCGUCUUCAAGUGACUCUACCCAUGGGGUGCUGGCUGUAUUCUACACCAUUGUCACUCCCAUGUUGAACCCGUUCAUAUAUACACUCAGGAACAAGGAAGUGAAAAGAGCUCUGUCAAAAUGGUUCAGUGGACACUCCGUUCUUCAGGAGAGAUAG